CCCGCUUCUGUCUCGGCUUCCCCUGGAGUGCCGUCAAGCGUCCCGCCUGUCUCAAUUCGGUCGGCUACCCUAGGCGCUGGGGGGGGGGGAAUAUUAGAGCCAGAAAUACUAGGUCCGCCUUUCGACGCCCAGCGAUGCCCUCGUACCAUCCCGCCGCGACACUCCCAACUUUGUAUCCGGUACGUGUCGCCGAUUAUUUGUCGACGACGUCGCUACCCCCGCGAUCCUCGAGUUUCCGCGGUUCCAAGCCCGCCGGAUCGCAAUCGCCCUCGUCGUCGAGAACACGGCGGCCCAGUCGCGACUCUGCCAAUCUGGUGGCCAAAUCCAACCGCUACCCCCCCGACCCCCCCGACCUCGUCGACUCCCCUGCAGCCGAACCCCGGCCAGCGGUACCAAGCCGACACAAAAAAGCCUCCUCGGCGACAACCCACCGCACAUCGUACACCGCUUUCCCUCCCCACUCCCUCCCACAGACGCCGACCCUCUUUCCUCCGGCACGAAUUACUUUCGAUCUCGCCGCAGUCGACGCGCCGUCCAACCGCGCAGAUCUUUUCCAUGACCCGGCACUUCCGUCCGCCUCGCUAGACCCGGCCAAAGAACUCGAGCCUCCGCGCACGAGUGGUCACUCGCGGUCGAGAAGCACCAGCGGCCUCAGCGACAGCUUUCGAAACCUCAAUCGCUGGUCUGCUUCGACGACGUCGAGUCGCGCCUCCAACCUCACCAACUUUACUCGUCGCGUGAGUUCCGAGGUACUCGGGGGCGCCUUUUCCUCGCCGAGCAAGAAGCUACGCAAAAGCCGGUCAUCGACAGUCAGCGGUUCGCCUCAGGGAGCUGCCUCGUCUCAAGCCCGCAGCGAUUCGCCUCUGCCAGCCCCGAUUCCGCCGCUGCUGAGCUUGCCUCAGAUAACGACCGGGCCGUCGCUGGAGGACGAAUUUCGCCAGUCUAAUGUACUAGGGGAGGUUACAGAACCACAGCGACUACGCUACAUUCGCCGGCUGAGCGACGAUCUAGGACUCUACUGGGAUGGUAUACCACAGAUUUCAGAAGAAAAGCCGGGACUGUCGUCGACGCAGCAGAAGCAGAAGCAGCAGAAGCGGAAGUCUGCGGAGUCGUUGGGCCCGCUCGCAGUAAUUGAGCUACCUCCGACGAUGCUAUAUACCGCACAGAUUGGCGAGCCGAGAGGGCACUCGCGGAGUAGGUCAACGGGUGCCAAGGGCAGCGCUGACUCGACUGGAUCGAAAGGUCGCGAUCGGGAGCGCGAUCGCGCAGGCAAGCCGCCAUCCCAGAGGGCUAUGUUGUCAAAGGCCCUCCAAAAAGCAAACACGGCCGUUCAGCUCGACAAUGCGCAGAAUACUGAAGGCGCACGGAGAGCAUAUUCAGAGGCUUGCACUUUGCUACAACAAGUGCUCCAGCGCACAUCGGGAGAUGAAGACCGAAAUAAGUUAGAGGCCAUUCACAAGACCUACACGAGCCGAAUCGAUGAGCUUGACGAGCUCCUUGCCGGGCUUGAGCUGGCCGAAAAAGAACUCCCACAGCGACCCGAGAGUAAUGAACUCCAAGAUGACAUUGACGUGUUUAUGAGCUCGCCUUUCAUUAACGAAGAAGAAAGUUCCCGUGAAAAUGUGAAACCGGCGGUGGUUGGAAGAGAGCAAGAUCACGACAGAGACUUCGUGGUGCCUAGUUAUUCCAUGCCAAAAACUGCUUCAAGGCUCUCGUUCUCUUCAAAAUCACCCCCAAAUCUCUCGAUAGAUGUACCGAGGGACGGUUCUAGAUUUCCGAAGGAGGUUCCCCGGGCGAUCUUAACGGAGCAGUAUUCCCUCCAAUCAGCCUUCUCACGAACACGAUUCGACAAUGGCGCGACCCUUCAACCCCAUGUCGACAACGAUUACCUGCCGCCGCCACUAUCCCCUCGGCGACCGCUGUCUCCAGCUAAGCCACCCCCACCGCCACCCGGACAGGAAAGCCCGGAUAGGUUCACUCGACCUGAAUACUCUGGAGCUGGAGCUCGACUAGCUCCGGCUGUUUCGAUGAGAGGACACCAGCGGGCGAACAGCCACGAGUCAGUAUCGUGGCUCGACCCGAUUGACGAGUCUGGUGGGUCGGCAGCUUCGUCUGUCCACUCGCGCUCAUCAUCGCUGGGUAUAAGAAGAAAACAUAUUAGGGCCGCAAGUGGGGACACGGAGGCCGAGUUUGACGCCGCCCUGGACGAUGCAAUCGAGGCUGCUUAUGACGAAGGGUACGAACCCGAAACCCCAUACGAAGGUGAGCUUUACCGUGAAGACUCUGAGGAUGUGAUGGCCAAGACACUGCGGAGGGUAGAGCUGGCGAGGGAGCGGGUUCGGGAAUCCGAGAGAGAGACUCUGGAGCUGGCAAAUGAAAGAGAAAAGAGGCUACGGUUGCAGCAACAACUAGAGGAUGAGGAGUACUCGAGGAAGGAGGCGUUUGUCGAUGACUUCUGGGACGGCCACAACACGGAUGAAGAGGAGCGGGUGCUGGAAGAGAUGACUAGGGGCUACGUGAUUGAAGACUUUGCAUUUGGCCGUCAAGUGCGGUCUUCGGUGCCGCGAGAAUCGGACUCCAGCGGGGUAACCAGUCGAACUUGGCACAGUUCGAUGGGUUCCAACCCACCGACGGCCACCACUAUACUCACAACUGUGAGCGAGAAUACGGUCCUCUCUCAGAUUGCCGCCCCGCUCCAUUCGCCGCCCAAACAGGCGUUGCCUCAAAUACCCCAGUUACCGCCUCAGCCGUCCUCUGCAGGUUCCCAGGGCUCUAACCAAAGCGUGCGAAACCGUCGCCUCUCGGGUCAAAACCCAAAGCAACUGAAGAUUGAGACGACAAAGCUGACCCAAGCAGCGCCACCGGCCACGGCGGGGCCAUCGUUCCCCUCUCAGCCAAAAACGAGCAGCUACAUCGUCCAACAACGCCAGGCUCUAUCGGCCGGUCCCAGCAGGACGAAUGGCCCACCGCUGGGAAGACCUACUCCAUCCCCGGUUCCAGGCUCGUUGGCAGAAGGAACGGGAACACCGCCACUUCCCACAGGUUUUGUGCAGGAUGACCAGCCUCGCUCCGGCUCACCGUCCGUGUCAAGACCAGUGCUGCGGAAAAAUUUCUCUUCCUCGAGUCUGAAGAGUUUGAAGUCACGAAACCUCUCAGUCUCAAACAUGGAUGACGCGUCAGACAUGUCACCAGGGACGCCGCUAAGUAACCAGUUCGGAGUUGGCGGAUCUUCCUCUCGACUGCCCGCCCUUCCGUCGCUCCCCACUCCGCUCGUGGGGAGUUUCAAGGACCGGGUAAACGGCCCCGUGGCCGGCGGCUUGCACCUGUUCGACAGCCAUUUUCACCUACCGAACAGCCCGGGGUCGCCCAACACGUUGGCUGCUGAAGCGCCCGCACUGCUCGAGCCUUGUCCUAACGACGUCAUGCUCAGGCCAUUCUGGCUGAUGCGCUGCCUCUACCAGACCAUGUGCCACCCGCGCGGGGGGUAUUUGAGCAACAAGCUGUUUGUGCCGAGAGACGUGUGGCGAGUCAAGGGCGUGAAGCUCAAGUACCUGGAAGACAAGAUCUCGAACUGCGAUUACCUAACAGCCGCUCUGCAGAAGCUGGCCAGGGUAGACACGAUUGACGCCGAUGCAGUGCUGGAAGAGAUGCAGUCACUUGAGGGCGUGCUCGAGCAGGUCCAAGCGACCCUAUCCCGUAAGCUGGGCAGCGAGGUAGGCGUCCAAGGUACGAGUACCAUGUUCAAGGACGCGAAUGCUGUCGAAAGCGAGGCAUCAUCAGUGCCGAGGUCUGCUUCUGUCAUGGCCAAGGGCAGCGGUUUCUCGUGGCGAAGACUUCGGAGCAAGAACAGCUCUGCCAAUUUGCCAGCCCUGGCGGCAUAUAACGGCAAGGGCGGGAGCGGCGGCACCAGCUCGUCGGCAACACCCACCGACGGGUCUGGUGGCAAAGACGCGCUUCUGUCGAGUUUGCCCAUGACCAACCACCCCACAAGUCGACCGACGAAGCGAAAUGUUGGGAGCGUGUUGUUCGCGGGUCCGAACGCGAACUACAUGAGCGCGUUGGCGAGACUGUUCGACGCAGCUCAGACAAUCGACCAAAUCGCUCGCCAGGUUGACGACCCCGGUCUGCGCCACGCCGACAAGACGCAAGUCGGGCUCGAGUUGUGCACUCGGCACGCCGCCGAGUUUUUUGGCUUCUACAUUUGCCGCUUCGUGCUCUCCGACUUGACCAUGAUGCUGGACAAGUUCGUGAAGCGCGGUACCGAGUGGGUGCUUGUUUGACCAAACGCCCCUCGGAUGAGUAAGAAUUAUGUGAAGGGGGAGGAUGGAAGGAUUUGUUUCGAUUCGAUGCAUAUAUAAUUGAUUACGUCCAAGGACCGACUCCAACGAUGCAGGAUUACUACUAGACAAGUAAAGCAAGUCUGGUCUGCAGGAAAGAGCAAUGAGUGUGCAAAAGGGAUAAGAGGAGAGGGGAAAGAAGAUCCUUGAAAAGAUUUGACGUCUUUGGUUUACCCCUCGGUCGGCGCAAGAGGAAGCCCUACGAUUUGGCUAACACGGCUGCCUCGGUAUAUAAUUGCAUAUGUCAGCAGGGGGGGGGCGGAAUGUGUCU